AAAAAUCCCUCUGCCCUCUCGCACUCGAUUUCAAAUCUCUCCUCGAACUCACGAAAAUUUGAUAGAAAAAUCCUUGAAAUUUCUCAUUUUGAAGAGAUCUGCGAUUUGAGAAGAGCUAUGGGUGAAGAAUCGUUACCGAUGACUCCUCUCCCUCAGCCAUCAACGGUUGAAGAGAUUACCAUUCAAGAUGGAACACCAAUUAAAGAGGAUAGCCCGUUUCCUCAAUCCUCUAGUGAUGAAGAGAUUAUGCCAGAGGAGGAAACAAGUCAAGAAAAUGUUAUCCUCUCUGAUUUGGGUUCGAAUUUGGCCGAUUCAUGUGAUAUAGAUGAGAAGGGAAGAAGAAGUAUUCAGGAACAUAAAGAUGACAGUGUGAUUCCAUCCCCAGUAUUAAAGGGAGAAUCUAUUACAUCCUUUUUCGGCCCUGAUCUCACUUCUGCUCUUCAGCUUCUUGGAACAAAAUACAACAAUUUAGUGAAGAAAUGCCAAGAACAAACUGCCGAAACUGACCAGUUGCGGGCUAACUGUGAAUUGUUAAGAAACAAGUGUAUCCAAGAGUGUGAGCCCAAAUAUGAGGCUCUGAAGAAGAAGUAUACUCGGGAGUGCUCUGAACGUAAGCGCCUGUACAAUGAAAUAAUAGAACUGAAGGGGAAUAUUCGGGUGUUCUGCAGAUGUCGCCCUUUAAGCUCGGAGGAAAUAUCCAAGGGGUAUGCUUCUGUGGUUGAGUUUGACCCCUCCCAGGAUUCAGAGUUGCAUGUCGUCUGCUCGGAUAACUCCAAGAAGCAGUUCAAAUUUGAUCAUGUUUUCAGCCCAAAAGACAAUCAAGAGAUUGUCUUUGCUGAAACUUUGCCAGUGGUAAAGUCAGUACUGGACGGCUACAAUGUCUGCAUAUUUGCUUAUGGACAGACUGGAACUGGAAAGACAUUCACCAUGGAAGGAACACCAGAAAACCGCGGUGUCAACUAUAGGGCCUUGGAGGAACUGUUCAGGAGUUCAAUUGAGAGAUCUUCAAUGAUUAGAUAUGAAUUUCUUGUGAGCAUGUUGGAGGUUUAUAAUGAGAAGAUCAGGGACCUUCUAACGGAAAAUUCAGAUCAGCCCGCAAAAAGGUUGGAGGUAAGGCAACUACCAGAUGGAAGCCAGGAUGUGCCUGGUCUUGUUGAAGCUCAAGCAUGCAACAUAGAUGAGGUGUGGGAGAUUCUCAAGACUGGGGGAAGGAACAGAUCAGUUGGAUCCACUAAUGCCAAUGAACUAAGCAGCCGUUCUCACUGCUUGGUUCGGCUGACUGUCAUGGGGGAGAAUUUGAUUGACAAGCAGAGGAGCAGAAGCCACAUGUGGCUUGUGGAUUUAGCAGGAAGCGAGCGAGUAGGCAAGACUGAAGUAGAAGGAGAGAGGUUAAAAGAGUCACAAUUCAUUAAUAAGUCUCUCUCUGCGCUUGGGGAUGUUAUAUCUGCCCUGGCCUCGAAGAAUCCUCAUAUACCAUACAGGAACUCGAAGCUGACCCAUUUGCUACAAAGCUCCCUAGGAGGGGAUUGCAAGACUCUUAUGUUCACACAGAUAAGCCCAAGCUCAGCAGACUUGGGAGAAACUCUUUGCUCCCUGAACUUUGCAAGUAGAGUCCGGGGCAUUGAGUAUGGCCCUGCCAGGAAACAAUCUGAUCCACAAGAGAGUUUUAAGCUCAAACAAAUGGCAGAGAAGCUACGACAGGAAGAGAAGGAAACUGGAAGAUUGAAUGAAAGUUUACAGUUGAUGCAGCUUAAGUAUGCUUCAAGAGAGAAUGUGUUCAAGACACUUCAAGAUAAGAUAAGAGAUGCUGAGCAAGCAUGCAGAAACUAUCAGAUGAAGGUUAGAGAUCUUGAAAACCAAUUAGCUGAUCAGAAGAAAGGCCAAGGUCAAAUAGGAAACAGGGAGCCUGCCAAGUAUACCAAACCACCACUUGUUCCCAUCAGGGAGAGGCAACCUUUAAGCCGGAUCACAAACCGCCUGCCACCUCCAGGUCCUCGAAGGAGUACAAUGACUACCACACGGUCAUUUGAAAAUAAAGAGAACAUUUUUGAAACAAAGAAGAAUGUGCCAAAAGCUCGAAGGAUUUCACUGUCCCCUAUAGUUCGAAGCAUACCAGUGCAACCCAAGAGGAGAGCAUCCAUUGCUAUUCUUCCCAGUGAAGCAGAAAGGCGACAGCCACAACAUACUAAUUCCAACUCUCAGUUUUCUCGGUUGAGGAUACCAAGAAGGAUGUCUGUAACUUCUUUUGCUCCUCCGGCUCCUGGAACUCCACUAGCCACUCCGGGAAGCAAAAGCAGCAGGUUUAGUAGUUUUUUAGCCAGCAGCAGCAAAUACUCUAGUCCUCCUAAUAUGCAGGCAGUAUGGAAAUCCAAGAUACCAACAUUUGCUUCUCCAAGAAAUAGGCUUCAGUUGCAUUCGAGCCCAACCAAUUCUAGCUGUGCAAAUAAUGCAACGUCACUGCACAAGUUGUGCUUCAGUGUUCAAAAAAGAGUCAUUGUUGGCUCGCCAGCGGCGCAACCAAAGCAACACCCUGUGCUCUUAGGAUCAAGCCUAGGAAAUCGAGCUUUUCAGAGUAAGGAUUCACUGGGGCGAUAUGGUACUGCCCAGAGAGUUGCGUGCAAGAAUCGGAGGCAAUCAGUAAUCUGAGGUCCAGUAUAAAUGAAGAGUUGUGUUUCCCUUUUGAGAUAGUAAUCUGCAACAGUUUGUUGAGACUACCAGGGAAUUCCAUAUUUUGAGUUCCAGCAAGUUUUUUUUUUUUAAAUAAACAGCAGAAGCUCAAAUGAAAUUGCUGCGGUGCUACUUGUACGGUUAUCUAUUGAUGAAAAUUGGUUGUGUUUGUAAUUUGUUUGUUACAUGCAUCGUUUACCUUGUGAAGAGCGGGUGUGUUUUGUAUUGUUUUCAUACUGUACUCUGCUCUUUCAAGUUCCCCUUUCGAAUUCUCUCAAGAUCCCCUUUC